CCUAUAUGUCUAUGCUCCUAUGCUGGAUUGCUGGCAGCCCUGUGAUGGGGUACGAUUUCAUUUCCGUUCCUUUUCAAAACAGACCCAUGUGACAACUAUAUUGCAAUACAAUACAGUCGGCCUGCCUUGACGACGUUGUGUUAUGCCAAGUCAAGUACAAAGGAUCCUUUCCCGAGCGAAGUGUGUGAUCAAAAGCAUCGUUACUCUGUUCCUUGGGCUCCUGUUUCGCUAUGUUUGCGGCGGAAAGCACGAAUGCAUUCCACCCAUCACAGACCUGCUUCUUCUGGAUUCUGCUACGGCGUCUGCACUCAAAAUUCGUUCUAGGAAGUUGAAGUGCAAGACCUUGGUGGAGUCUUACAUCAACCGGAUAAAAGAUGUGGAGCCCUUCAUUAAUGCAACAUCGGACACUAGGUACGAAGCUGCUCUGGAAGAAGCUGCGGCUGUUGACAAGUUGAUGGAAGUUGAAUCAUUGGAUAGACUCUCAUCCCUUCAGCCUCUGCUUGGUGUUCCAUUUACAGUUGUUGGGGCUCUCGCAGUUAGAGGACAACUGCACCAUUGUGGUAUAUACACGCACUGGAGCAGAAAAGCAGAUUCUAACGCAACUGCAGUGGAGCUGCUUGUACGUGCUGGGGCUGUGCCGCUUGCUGUAUCUAAUGUCCCCGAGCUAUGUCUUGGAGCAGAGACAACGAAUCACAUAAAUGGGCACACCAACAACCCCUGCGAUCUCACACGCUCUCCUGGUGGCUGCAGCGGUGGGGAGGCAGCACUGCUUGCAUCAGCAGCCUCAGUUAUUGGCCUUGGAAGUGACUGGAUGGGUGAAGCCAGGCUGGCGGCUGCGUUUUGUGGAGUUUUUGCUCACAAACCAACAGCAGGUGUGGUGUCAAAUGUAGGACAUUACUUGGAAUUUCCCACAGAACUGGAUGCAUUCAGAUGCAUCGCUCCAAUGUGCAGGUGUGCCUCGGACUUGGGUCCUGUAUUGGAGGUGAUCUCCGGAUCGAAUGCCUCGGCCCUGAAGCUUAACGACGAGGUUAACAUACGCCAUAUCAAAUGGUACUUUCUGAGUGAUGUCGCCUCACACCUAAGCGGAACUGAUCAGAGGAAAGCAGUUCAGAAGGUGCAGACACGCAUUGAGCAAGUGCACAGCAUAAAGACACGGGCACUCAACAUACCUGACCUGGAGCUCGGUUUUCGUUUAUGGCGUGCAAAGUACAUCGAAUCUAGGGGACUCCCAUGGGUGACCAGGGCUCUGGGGAGCCUCCAAGGAGACCUCUCUCCUUUGUUUCAUCUUCCCCUCGCGCUACUGGGACUUUCACGGCACACCCUUACGGCUGUCCUCGCCUCAAUCUGGGACGACAACCUGGAUCUACAAGCGGACACCCAACGGAGUCUGUGCACUGUCUGCGAUGAUUUGGGUCGCUUCCUAGACCGUACACUUGGGAGCGACGGCGUCUUGGUUUUGCCGGGCCCACAGCUGCCUCCACCACACCACUUUCAAUCCCUCCUUCAAGGAACAAAAUUGUUUGGCCCACUAUGUCCCUUUAAUGUUAUUGGGUGUCCCGUCACAAUGUGUCCCAUAGAGGGCGCUGCCGUGCAGGUAGUAGCAUGUAAAGGAAAUGAUAGGCUCUGUCUUGCGGUUGCUGCCGAACUGGAGCGAGCAUUUGGGGGAUGGCAAAGUCCAACGCCCAUCUGUUAAAUGUCCGUCGAGCACAAAUACGCAUUUUCAUUACGCUUGCUUGCAGUGUGGAGUUUGUGAUACAGCCUGCAUAUGGAGACGACGAUAUCGAGAAUAUCCACAAAAAGCACACUUUUGCUCUGCAAAGGAGAUAAGCAUAUUGCUGGUUGAUCCAAAUGGAAUUCGCAAGUUCACUGGUUGAGGUCGUUGUCGCUCCACAACGGAGCGGUCUUCGUUGAUCUGCCUAGGAAGCUCAGAUUCAGCCGGAACUUCAUCGAUUCACUGUUGUCACUACCAGGUCUCGCGAGGACGAGCAACCCCGAGCUUUGAGCUGCAUCAAUGAGUUUGCGAGGCGAUGACUUCCGCCAGGAUCUUGGCCACAGCGUAGUUCUUUUUCGCUGGUGGAUUCGGGCGCUCGUUUCAGAUUGACCAGGCGAGCUCGCCAUUGGACAUACAGAACUGCAUCGAACAUUCCUGUUUAUGUGCCUGUGAACAGAAUUGCUGGCAGCAGGUUGCACCCUUCUAGUUCCUACGCUCGGUCUGUAGUCCAAUACAGUAGUUUGCAACGUAGCUAUGCAUUGUGGUGCUACGUUAGAGCUACCUUCGGUUAUUUACGGAGAAACCUCCUAAGGUUUAUUCACAUGAUGUCUUCAGCAACAGAGUGCCACUGUGGCUAGCAGAUUUGCUGCCAUAAUGUAGGUCCUCAGGUUUUGACUGUCCAGGCAUUUACCCACGUCGCACCCACCGUAUGUCUGGUGUUUCAAAGCUAUUGUGCUGUGUGAGUAUUAUUUGUACCACAAUCCAAUUAAUUUCCAUGUUUUCGGUGUUAAUAGUUGUCAGAGUCGAGGGGUAUGAUGCAUUUAUUUACACUACUACGUUAUUUUAACUCCUGUCGCCGUCGGUCACCGACAACCGUACACCACCGAUCCACCACGCAAGACGCACACACCUCCAACCGUCCCGCUUCACCCCCGAGAGAGAGAGAGAGCCCCCUCCCCCAGUCAUGCGCGGGUUUCCUCUCUCUCCCAACUUCUCUCCACUCUCCAACUGAACUCUCCUCUCCUGUGGACGCCUCCCAGGUCUCCUGGCUGGCCCGUACAUCACAUAGUCCACUAAAUAGACUAUGGCAGCGCACAAAAACCGGAACCAAACUUGCAGGGACCUGUAUCACGGCGUCGAUUUCGCCUUUUCGAAGUUCGCCUGGGGGGUGACGUCAGUGAAUAAACCCUCCCUGUCCCCCGAACUUUAUGCAGUUGAAUUUUGUUAAUGUCACGUUUAGCUCUUGCAAAAUACUGCUUCUCUGUGUGACGCAAAGGUGAAUAAAAAUAUUUUUUAAAUUUUC